GUGGAGCCACACCAGCCGACUCCAGAAUAUCACUUCUCCGCAGAAAUAGAGCACGUGCUUGAUUUAUAAGGGUUUAUUCUGUAAGUAUUGGUAUUACCGGCUGCUGUGACGGGAAACUAGGCGGGUCGUUACUGACGCACAUCUGCUGCAUUGUCACUCUGGAUCCCUUUUCCAGCUUUGAACUCCCGGGAUUCACUCUCGCUGAAUAUCAGUACUGUAUUCCUGCGAUGAACACCGUGCGACUGAACCCACAGGAAUAUUUUAAGGAAUAACCUCGGGAAAACAUGGAAUAAUACGAAUACAUAACAUUUAUUCAGGUGUGGUGAGCGAGCGAGAGCAUCAGGAUGCCGCUGGUCAAGCGCAGUAUUGAGCCUCGUCACCUGUGUCACACAGCUCUGCCACACAGCAUCAAGAACGAGCUGGAGUGUGUGACCAACAUCUCUCUGGCCAACGUGAUCCGUCAGCUGAGCAGCCUGAGUAAAUAUGCGGAGGAUUUGUUCGGAGAGCUCUUUAAUGAAGCUCAUUCCUUCACUUUUCGAGUGAAUUCGCUUCAAGAGAGAGUCGACCGCCUGUCAAUCAGCGUCACUCAGCUUGACCCUAAAGAAGAGGAGUUGUCUCUUCAGGACAUCACCAUGAGGAAGGCCUUCCGCAGCUCCACCAUCCAGGACCAGCAGCUGUUCGAGCGUCAGUCUCUUCCCGUCCCCAUGCAGGAGACGUACGAGCUGUGCGAACAACCUCCGCCGCUGAACAUCCUCACGCCCUACAGGGAUGAUGGGAAGGAAGGGCUGAAGUUCUACACCAACCCGUCGUACUUCUUCGAUUUGUGGAGAGAGAAGAUGCUGCAGGACACAGAAGACAAGAGGAAAGAGAGGCGGAAACAGAAGUUGCAGGAUCCCCACAUGUAUGAUCAGGUCUAUAAAUAUCUAGAGCUUCCAGUGCAGCUGAAGAACAUCGACCGUCCUCAUGACCAGGAGAAGAUCCCGCGAGCGCCUCACGACCGCAGGAAGGAGUGGCAGAAGAGGGCGCUGGGGGCGGAGCUUGCUGAGGACGAGGCUGAAGACAAGCACAAGGAAGCCAACGAAUCAGCAGCCUUCCAGGAGCCCAGGCAAGCGUACAUCGAUCAGCUGGACGGACCGUUCUCUCUGGCAGCGCUGCCGUACUCUCAGAUGAACGAACUCCUGAACCGUACGGGAGACAGAAGCUACGGCCGCCCGCAUGAGCCUCCGCCACCGCCACCGACUCACCCUCCGGGCUCCGUUAUCAGCUCCAGCUCAGGUUUCUCGGACAGCAUUACGCAGUCUCCGGCUCGCACGCCUGUCUUCCUCAACUCAAAUGCCCCGCCCCCGGCUCCGCCCCCUCUACCCCCACCCCCUCCUCCCCUGCCUGCAAGCCAAUCAGGUUCAAGAAUGCGUGGUUCAGCCCCGCCUCCAAUCCCUCCCUUACCUUCCCUGCAGCCCCCGGCCAUCCCCCCUCCCCCUGCCCCCCUUCAGAUCGCCCCAGGGGUCCUGCACCCCGCCCCCCCUCCAGUGGCUCCGCCCCUUCACUCCUCCCCCGCCCGCGGACAGCUGGACAAGACUCCGCCCACAGCUGGAGACGGAGCGGUUUUGCCACCUCCUCCGCCGCCUCCUCCCCUGCCCCUCCCAGGAAACAGAAGCUCCUCCCCCUGCACAUCCUCAGGCCCGCCCACCAUGCCUUCCUUCCCAUCAGGAGCCAUUUCGUCGCCGCCCACUCACUCGGGUCACGAGGUCAAGAGGUAUCAAUCCAACCUGCCGCCAAUCAGCGAUGCCCGCAGCGUUCUAUUGGAAGCCAUCCGUAAAGGGAUCCAGCUGAGGAAGGUGGAGGAGCAGCGGGAACAAGAGGCCAAACACAAGCGCGUGGGGAACGACGUGGCCACCAUCCUGUCGCGCCGCAUCGCUGUGGAGUACAGCGACUCCGAGGACGAGGAUGAGUUCGACGAGGUCGACUGGACAGAAUGAGAGACAGACGGACGUUCCUUCUUCCCAAUAAGAGUUUUCCCUCCAACAGUCUCCGAUCAGUCGUGGUCUAAUUCAGGAAACGGCACACGACUCGAUCCAGUGUUCCCAGAAUGCUUUGCUUCAAUGUUUUUUAGCCACUUGUUGUGCAACUGAUGAAGGAAAAUAACCCGGUGGGGAUGUCAUGUUUCUUUCAUUUGAGUUUAUCCGUCUUUUAUUCUCAAUAGGAAGAACAAACCUGUUAUUGUUCAGCACGAGACAACAGCGUCCUCUUCUGGACACGACGGGAACGUCGCAAUGCGGCAGAUCAGAAUGUGAUGGAUGAUUAUUAAACACUUUCUACAUCAUCUCCAAACCAUUCUUCCAUUUCAGAGAUGUGUUGUUUGAUGGAUCGUUAUUAUUAAUGUGUCAAGAUUACUAAAAUACAGGACGUAAUCUCUUUUUCAAGUUAUAUUUCACCUCACAAUAAUGUUUGUAAAAUAUUUAAUUUACAUUUAAAUAUAUAUAUUUUUUUUUUCUUCUUUUUUCUUCUUUUUUUCACAUUGUGAUCUUUGAUGAAGAAUGAAUUUUGUU